ACUGACUGUCAACCUUCGCUGUCAAUGUGCGUUCAUUACUUUUUUCUGUGUAUUUGUCAUUUUCUAAAUAAUAUCAAGUUACGCUGAAAUAAAAUUUUUGUCUACUUUGUCAUACUUUAAUCUAAUAUGCAUUUAACGUUAAAUCAUAUACUAUAAGGUUUUGAUUCAAAUGCUUUAGUUUAUAAUAUUAUUGCGUUGUUUGUUUUCUACCCACCAUCGGCAACAUGGUAAUAGAAAAAGUUCACGGUCUUCAAGCCACCAGUAUGAGCUUAAACGAUAGGUUUACUAUGCUAGCAUCUGUAACACCGAACCGCGUACCUUUGAGACAGCGAAGACGCACCGUGAGUUCAUACUUCGGCCAAAAUUUAAACUUUAAAAACAAAAAUUUGAUUGAACAAAUCGCGCGCCGGUUGGAACAACAAGCCAAAAGGCAAGUACUUCGACAGCGUCUUGGCAUUCCUGGUGGAUUACGAAGAUUUGGUAGCGAGAGCAGCCUCCCAGGGUUACGUCGCUCCAACAGCUUUGGCAACCUCAGCCAAGCACAGAGUAUAAAGAACAGAGUCUCAUGGAGACAAUCCAAUGGAAAUCUGAGUCGAUCAGCGUCAUUCAGCAACUUGUCUGCGGGUGCGUGGCGUGGCUUCCGUCGCCGUGGUGGACCUAAUCGCGCUCUUCGGGGUCGCCUGAGGGGUGGUCGGCAGGGCGCGGUGCGUAUGUGGCGAACGGGACGAGUAGGUGUGGGGCGAGUGAGUGCGGGGCGAGUGGGCGCGGGGCGAGCGGGCGCGGGGCGGGCGGGCGCGGGGCGGGCGCGCCGCCAGCCGCUGCGACCGCAGGCCGGCGCCAGCGGCCGGCCGCGGGGCAGAGGAGGCGCUGUUAGGAACCAACCCCAAAAGCCCGUGCCCACCAAAGAGGAGUUAGACGCCCAACUAGACCAAUACAUGGCUGGCAGCAAGUCGGCCCUGGACAAGGAACUGGAAGCGUACAUGAAGAACGCCAUGGACCUUGAAUAGUGACUAGAAGUGCUGUGAUGUAUUUGCUUACUGGUGUGCGUAAACUUAACUGUAUAGAUGGCCAACUUUGAGUGCGGCAUCCGCUAGUAUAUGCAGGUGGUGACUACUGCGGCUCAUAGUGUAACUAAGAAUAAAGUAUAAAAAUACAUUUGUCACACUGUAGGAGUGCCACGAACUAAGUAAACAAGCUAUGUAACCUUCAUAAAAGACUGGUUAAUACCUCGUCCGCUUAGUGGUUUAAAUUUACAUUUGUUUAAAAAGUACGUCUCUGUAGAAAUCUAAAUGUAUGGAAUUAAUAAUUGACUGAUGUGACCUAUUGAAGGUAUUUGUAAUGGUUUCUGUCAGUCCCAUACAAAUUAAAUUUUGCCCAUGCAAUUUAAACUAAUGUUAUUAAUAAAUUAUGUAGUUUAGACAGCAGAGAUAGGGGACUCUAAAAAUAAAAAUUAUUAUAGUAUUAUUUAGGAUUUAUAUAUAUAUAUAUAUAUACACACACACCUUAUUCAUUUAGUUAUUGUAUCAUGGCUUCUGUAGUAAAAAUUUUGCAUUUCCUAUUUUAUGCAAUAAUAUACCAGAUAAAACACACAAUAGUGGCCAUACACUAUAUACCAGUGGUGGCCGACUUGACCCAAGAGACCCAAGAUCUACUGUUUACUGACAAAACCCUGUGCGAUCUACCAACUAUAUACUUCUUGAAAUCACAAACGAAACAACAUAGUUCAGUACGCAACUAUGUAGUGUUGCAGUAUUUUUUAUUUUAUUAAGAGGGGGAACAUAAAAGUGAAAACUAUUCUCAGUAACAAGUUUCUCAGAGGGAGACUUUGUACAAAAGUCGAUUGCUUGAGUACCUCUGUCCCAUUCGUGUUUCAACCAUGAAGCUGUUGUGUUUGCAUAGCUGUGUUUCGGUUUGAAGGGUGGGAUAUGGCAGUGAAUUUACUGGGUACAGAGGAAUAACACCUGAGUCCUCAGGAAUGGCAACGCAUGGGGAGUAACAUGGGCGAAACAGUAUACUCUGUUAUGUCUGUGGUACUGCUCAUGUCUAUAGGCGACUGUUACCACUUUCCAUCAGGUGGUCAGUACCGUCAGCUUGUUUGCCAUUCUAAGUUGUAUAAAAAAAAACUUGUUUAUAUUAGUGUGAGCAUUGCGUCUGAGCAUCUUACGCUAGAUUAGCAAAAUAUUAUAUUGUUUACCUUGCCACGAUCGAAUGGACUAAUGCUCGUGAUCUGGUUGGCCAUUCCUGCUCUAAACCUAUUGUUAAUAAUACGCACACCAUUAAGUGUUAAAAUUACUUUAGUGUUCUCUAAACACUACGACGGAAGGACGUAUUUAUGUGCAAAUUGAUAGAACUAGGUUAAUACAAAUUCGGACUUCACACUUUUUUUUUGUCUAUGGUUGAAACGUUACUAAUGAAAACAGGUAUGCGUUUAGCUGAUAUUGCAUUUUUUUUUUUUAUCUUUUUUAUUAGAGGCUUUUAUCCUAUAAGGAUGACAUAUAGCCUCAUCAUACCCUAAUUUUAUAAAAUACCUCACAUACUUAAAACAUUGAUACAUAAAUAAAUAAAACCAUAAUAAGAUAUCGUAUUGUCUUUGUUCAAACGUGGUAAUUCUAAAAUUUAUAUUUCUUAAGGUUAUCUGAUUACGUUAUAUUAACGCUUCGUAUACAAUGGGGUUAUUAAGCCCUAUGGGUCUUAGAACAAUUGCUCAUUGAGAGAUGUGAUUUCUUUAUAACUUCUAUAUUUUCUUUUUUCUUAUAAAUUCUGUAUUUUUUUAAUGCGUAAUAUUCAUUUUAUUUGUUAAAUAAUACGUCAAGAUACAUUUUUUGCAUAAAUAUAUAGAAUACUGAUAAAAAAAAAAACUUGUCAGCUAAUUUGACAGUUAACUGACAAAGUUGACCCGUUUUUGAGGCUCGAUGCUCUAUCUAUAUAUAGUUUAAGGUUAAAGCCUUUUUAUUUUUACCUUGUAUGUAAUUUGACAUACGAAUGAAACAAGUAAUAUUAAAAAUAGUAAUUAACAUUCUGACAUCUGUAUUUGUUUUCAAUUUAAUUCUUGAUACUGUUACGUAAAAUUGAGCCUUAUUUUUAUUAGUUAAAGUUAAUUUCUCUUUACAUUUUGUGCUAAUAGCUCGAAUAGGUAUGAUUUCAUUUUGUACUAAUAUAUACGGUUUUUGUACUUACCUUUUAUGAUUGUGUAAGCAUAAUUGGAAUGACUUGUAUCACCUUAAUCCCCCCCCCCCCCGCCUCUACUUGAAAACCGUGAAUAAAUAAAUUCGAUUACAAAAUUAAUGAUUAAUGUAGUUUUCGUCGAAUUUAAAAAAGAAGGUUCCAAUUAGGUUGAAUUUUUUUUAUGUUAUUUUAAUUUCGUCACUAAUUAUCUAAUUUAGAUUUUUUUGUAUGAUUUCGACAUGAAAUGUCAAAAUUUUUGUUUAUACAUUAGUGUUUUUUUUCUACGCUGGGGUUAUGUAUAAGCACUAUUUUUCUAUGCAGCUGAUUACGUGUCAUAGUUUUAUUUCCUAUUAUGAAAGACUGUAAAAGUCGCUGAUUCAGUAUUCAGUAAUACAAGAAACUCAAAAUCAAAAUUUAUUGUAUUGUUCUCUUGUAAUACAUAUAGACAAAAUCCGCCAUUUUGUUUGUGACAGGAAGUUCAGUCGCAAAAAUUGCAUUAAGAGUCAGUUCCAAUAGAACUAGUUGAAAAUUUUAAUUAACAAAUGAUUGAUCUGACCCUAAGACUGUUUAUUUCCAGUUAUCGUCAUUAUACCAACUGUUUACUGUCCAUUGCUAAACAUUGGUCUUCCUCUAUUGGGGGGCUGAGUAGUUGUCACGCUUGGCAACUGUAGUUGGGCUUUGGUGAUGUUUUAAGAGGGACGCUGCUGCUCAUCUCUCUUACUCUUUUGUCCUUUAGUAGCCUAGAAAUUAAAAAUCGUUUACAGAAUGUUUACGUAAUAAUACAAACAAAAUUUGGUUACGUUUUCAUUAAAUUCUAUUUAAAAAGGCAAUAGUGUAUACGUUAGAAUAAUUUUAUGUUAUUUGCAAUCGGCCGUUGGUUUAAUUGAAAAAUUGUAUAAUAUAGUCCCAGUCAGUCGAGGUCUGAACCCUCCUAGGUGAGGGCCUCGGGGCUGACCCCUUUACCCCGACUUCAACUCUGGGGCAAUUAUCCCCGGGUCACUGUGUCAAAGCUCUGCCCUUAUUUGGGUGAGGCGUGGUCUUCUGCCGCCGUUAGCGUUGCGGUCUCUUCCCCUGUUUGGGGGAGUAGCAAUAUUUUUCCUUAUUUGAAUAAAUGAAACGUUUUAAGAUAGAUGGCGCCACCGGCAAAUUUUGAUGACAAAAAAGUUAUUGAAAUAUCAAAAGAAGACCUUACAAAAUAAUUUACUUCUGCCAUCUAUCAUCAGCCUGACCGUAUGCAUCAUUGCCAGGUUCGUUUUCCUGUAUUCUAUUCUUGAAUCUUGGAAUGCAUGUUUUACGUAUUGCUCAGUAUACUAGGUAUUUCAUAAUUUAUUUGUUCUGUCAGUCUGUUAAAUGUGAAAUUGUUUUCUCAUGCAAUAUCUAUAUAUAUAUAUAUGACAACAUAGUUCUGCAUAUAGUUAGCGAAUUCACCAAGAACUAAACACAUUUUACAUUUGGCAUACUCUGGUACAUCAUUCAACAUUACAUUAACAAUUAAGUACAUAAUAAUAUUAAUAAUUGACAACGAAAAUUUUGCGGUCGAUUGUGCACGUUGGAGGAGAUCCGUUUUUGUUUAAUUUUACGAAAAUAAAAUGUAAAUAUAUAGCGAUAAGGACUACAGUUGAUUGUUUCUAAAUAAAAGUCGUAAAAAUU